AGGUUACAGUGGUCUGUGGAAACGAGAAUUUACUUUGUUUGUCGAGUGUUUUUCGCAGGAGAACUUUACUUUGUUUAUCAAUUGGGCGCCAAAUUUUGAAAAUGCUCGCGGAAAUGCCUCCAAUACAAUCGAUUCCUUCAAACAGACGAAAACGACCGUUUGGUUUAACAAACAACUUACAACUUGACGAAAGACCAGACUUUCAGGUUCAAAACUUGCAGUCAAUACAAUCAAUACAAUUCGUACAAUCGUUUGGAUGUUGUAGCGAUGAGAAUUUAUUCGGUGAAACUAUAGAUCGACCCCCACUGGAGACUCUCGGCGAGUUGGACAUAGAUCGAGAGCAAUGCGAAUGUAUCAUACAACGGAAGGAGCAGCUAAGAAGGUUCCGCAUAAAGAGUAAGCAGAUGGCAACGAAGCAGUUGGCUGGUGUCGCUAAACACUCUGCCAUUGUCCCUGAAGUUAUGGAGAUAUCCAGCAUGCAUAGUCCGAAUUUGGAGGUGCCAAUUGAGGUGGAUAAGCGGCAGUGUCGAAUCAUUUGUCGGUUGUCUCAACACGACAGCAAAGGCACAAUGGCUGAUAACCAAAAGAAGCUAGAAAAUAUAAAUGGCAAAAAGUUUAACAUCAUAUAUAAGGUAAUAGAUAUAUCCUCGGACGAAUCCAGUAAAGACGAUGACUACACAGGGAGCAGUAGUUCCACAAGUGAGGACCCUAGAACUCCGCGGCGUACCAAACGGUUAUCCAAGCUCAAGAGAUUUUAUUUGCGACAUAAGUUUCAGAAAGUGGAGCAUAUAAAUCACUUGAAAACAGAACGGGAUCAAAGCUUCAAUAAAGCCACUGGAGCAGAACCAUUAAGAAAAUGUUCAGCAAAUCAUCCUGUAAGGGCGACGGAAACGAAUAUUAAGGAAUUGGAUCUGUAUGAGCUGCACAACUUUGCAAUCAAUUUGGAUUUCAGUAAACUAAUCAAAUUCAGUGAUAUCUUAGAAGAGAUCGAACGCAUGGAUGUGAAGGACAGUAACCAACAGCACAACAAGGUACACACUCACGCCAAGGAUAUCAGUUCUAAUCUGGCUGCAGCCAAAUCAUUUCGACCAGAACCAAUUCAACAAAACAGAAAUUAACACACCUCUCCCCUUCCCUCUUGGGCAAUAAAAAAAAUUGAGAAUUUCCAAACAUUGAACGCUUCUAAUUGCCAACUAGGCUGAGGUCCAGGCCGACUGAUGUUCGUCUGCCUGUCUGCCUUGCCUGCCAGAACGGACAUCGAUUGCCAAAAAUAUGAAUGCCAUUUGCCUCUCUCUCGCUGAACAAUCAACCCAUCCUUGUGGCUGUUGUUGCAGUGGUGGCUGUGGCACCGCGGCAUGUCAACACACUGUGUUGUUCCCGUGUGGUGGCUGGGUGAAAUGUUAGCUGGUUGGGACUCCCAAUUCCAAUCAACCACAGCGGACACAUCAACAUUUCGUGCGCCGCCAAAAGCUUGUUCUAAUCCAAUCAAAUCUCAAAUGCGGUUGUUACCCAAUUCGUUUGGGGAGCGACAACAACACAAUUGUACAGUGGCAUCAAUUUCGUACUUUUUUGUGCACAAAAGAAUUCACAAAGGAACAGCAUCAGUUAA